CAGCUGCCUCUUCUCAAGCGAGGAGCCGGAGCAAGUCUUUGAAAACGCCUAGCUAGAAACGGAGAGAGCCGAAUCACGUCAGCUCAGUCAGUCCUUCAUCGUCACUGAUUCGUGGAAGACGUGUUAGAUUUCUGUACUUCGGAACGGACAGAAUUCCUUGAAGCCAAGAAUAAAACUCCUCCUUUAAGAAGAAAACGGGUCCCUGAUCCUGCGGGAACAGAAUUGUUGUGCUAAUUGCUUGCUGGUGUGUUUUUCGUUAAUCACACUCGCUCUAAGAUUGUACAACUUCACGAAUUCAUCUGGUAGGUUCAGCGUAGUUUUUUAAUCGGGAUUUGCUAUUUAUUCCGAGCCCAAUACCAGUACGGUUCUUUAUCAGCAUCUCGACUAUAUAGGCUGCUUCUAUAAAAGUGGUCAGCUGGUGCUAAAACGUUUCCAUUUUUUCGCCUUCAAGUGCCGGGAGUGGUUGCAGUCGGAAGAUCGGUCAAUCCAGUGAGAAUCCAGCCAGCCAGAAGAAUCUGAAAUCUUGUGGAUUAAAAGAAGUUCUGUGUGUUAGCUCUACAAAAUAAGGAUAAAAGGGGUGUAACUACUAGCCAUGGAAAAUCACACUGUCAACGGAGAUUCCAGGAAAGAAAUCCGAGUUUGGUGCGAUGGAUGCUACGACAUGGUGCAUUUCGGCCACGCCAACUCACUACGACAAGCGAAAGCCCUCGGUCACAAGCUCGUAGUUGGUAUACACAACGAUGAGGAUAUAACGAAAAACAAGGGCCCGCCGGUGUUUACUCAGGAGGAAAGGUACAAAAUGGUUCGGGGGAUAAAGUGGGUCGACGAAGUGGUGGAGGAUGCCCCAUACGUCACCACCCUGGAAACCCUGGACACAUACAAUUGCGAUUUCUGCGUGCAUGGAGACGACAUUACCCUCACAGCAGAUGGUGUCGAUACCUAUCAUUUGGUGAAAGCAGCAAACCGCUACAAGGAAGUCUCCCGGACAGCCGGUGUUUCCACGACAGAUUUAGUCGGCCGGAUGCUGUUGAUGACACGGAACCAUUUCAAGCAAGGUGACCAAGAGUAUAGCGUCGAAAAAGACGCAAGCAUAGAAGAGCUUAAUUUCUUACUGAAAAUAUAUCAAUCGAAACUUGAAAUCACAGGCUCUUCCAAACUCGGCCAGGAUCAUUCGGCCCGUAGCCCCUGGACCGGUUGCUCACAGUUCCUGCCUACAACUCAGAAAAUCAUCCAAUUCAGCGAUGGCAAAGCUCCGAAACCCACGGACAAAAUCGUCUACGUAGCCGGUGCAUUCGACCUGUUCCACGUGGGGCAUUUGGAUUUCCUAGAAAAGGCUAAAACUUACGGUGACUAUCUGAUUGUGGGACUCCACACGGAUCCUGUCGUUAAUGUGUAUAAGGGAGGCAACUACCCGAUUAUGAAUUUACACGAACGGGUGCUGAGCGUACUGGCUUGCAAGUACGUCAAUGAGGUUGUGAUCGGAGCGCCAUAUUCGGUCACUAAGGACUUGAUGGAUCAUUUCAAUGUCGACUUGGUAUGCCACGGCCAGACCCACAUAGCCGCAGAUGUGGAUAACGUUGAUCCUUACGCCGUGCCCAAACAGAUGGGCAAGUUCAUGUUGAUCGAUUCAGGUAACGCCAUUACGACCGAGGACAUCGUCGAACGAAUCAUCCGGCAUCGAUUAGAGUUUGAAGCCCGCAACUCAAAAAAAGAGAAAAAGGAAAUCGAAGUGUACGAGGCCAUGCAGCGGGUGAAAUUAGCGGAGAAGUGCGGUUGACCCGAUGAUACCUGUCAUUAGCGGGUUUCGUCAUAAAUAGACAGCUAUCAAGCUCUGAACCGCUAAAGUAACCUUUAGAUACACACAACCAAUUCCGCUAUUGCAUUACGAGGACGUACUUUGGACUAACGCUACUGUGGAGUUAAACCCCUUUUUUCCUUCCCAAGGAAACUUAAUUUAUAGUAGAAAGGAAGAUAUUUUCAACCGUCAUUUUGAUGAACGUUUAUUUAUUAUUAACAGUAACUGUGUCUAUGGCUUAUUUUUUUAAGAUUUUCGCCGGCCUUGACGUUUUAAGUCCGAUGUUUAGAGUUUAUUAGUUAGAACCAUAGCCUUCUGCUAGUUAAUAUAUAUAUAUUUGUUCAACGUGUUUCUGUGUAUGUAGUGUAUAGCAUUCAUAUCAAAAAACACCAAAUUAUUUCCAAUGAAUCGUAAUAUUUGUUUGUAAAUCAUCUUGUUUGAUUCUAUUACUAAAUUCAAUGUAAAGUAGAGUUCGCUUGCAAUAAACAUGCGUGCGUAGAUCGACAUAUAAACUCUGGCGGCACUUUCAUAAAUUUUCCUGGAAAACAUGUUAUGUCACACAGUGAAUGUUGGAUAAAAUGGACGGUUUUCUAUUUUUUGAAACUAAAUAUCUACUUAUGGUUAAUGCUCUACUCUAUACAUAUUAACUUGCACUUAUUUUCAUCGAUCCAAACGAACUGAAUGACACUAAUGUAUACAAUUUUGGUUAGUAACCGCCAAUUAAGCGCUUAAAUUACAAUUUACUUUAUUUUCCAAUUAAAUAAUGGGUUCGAUUUGACAUACCAUAUGAAUCUCAAACCAAUGUUAUGAUUAGUUAUAACAAACGUUAAAUCUGGGGUUGUAAAAAAGAAACUUUAGUCAAGUGUAAAAAGGAGAAAAACAGCUUGAAAUUUUACCUUCAUUGAAAAUGAUGAAAGCUCAAAGAUCAUCUGCAGUUUUCAAAUCAAGCUGAUGCGAACCAAGAAAGGAUAUUGCGACACAUAAAAGACGGGAAGCUAGGUUUAAAUAGAAAAGUUAUAUAAAAAAAUAUUAUAAGCUAGGGUAUACAAAUAAAAGAAUGAACUAAUGACAGAUAUAUCAACAACAAUAACUGAAAAUGCAAAUAAGAAUAUACCUGUUCAAUUUCCAUGCAUUUAAGAUUUGGAGAUAUCGACAGCGAAAAAAUCUCUACUUCAAAACUUGUGCAGUAAUUUUGCUAGGGACAACACUUAUAUUAAGGAAAACAAACGGGAAACAACAUCAUACUUGUUACUAGUCAGAAACAACAGUUUUGUAACAGUGUAACAUCACCAUAAGACAACAAAAUGUUGAAGAGAUGUUUUCUAGUAAAAAUAUGCACAAGUUUUCCUACUCUAACUAUCUAAAUUCUGGUCUUCAUUACGCUGCGAAGGUCUUCGCUAUUGCUGAGAUUGGAGGUGAAACUAAAAUCAAAAACCAAAAUGGUUGUUAUUUCUCUAAAAAAAAAAGUUACAUACAAAUCCCAAGGCAUACAAUUGUAGCGCGCUAGUUUUCAUCACCGAAAGCAAAAUACUUAAAAUUUGCGUUAUUUGUAAUCUUUCGAAAUAAAAACAAGUUCCAUAUGCUUAAA